AUGCAAAUCCACAAACGCUCACGCACUCCAUCAGGAGGAAUAGUGUUAGUUCUCACUGCAGAGAAUCCGGAUGAUAUUUGGUGUAUCUACAACCUGCUGUCCGAGGGUGACGAUAUCGUCGUAUUUACAUCCAGAAAGGUGAAGACCGAGAACGUUAACACAGGUACCGUUCGACAGGAGGUUAAGAAGUUCAAUAUCCAUCUUUCCAUCGAGCGAAUCACCUACGCGUGUUCCGACGACGAUCUUCAGGUUUCUGGUAAGAAUUUAUCCGAUAACCCGUAUGUUAAGAUUGGACAAUAUCACACUGCUGAAAUUCGGCUACACUCAAAGUUCACUUUAACAAAGAACGAAUGGAACUCUUAUUACAGCGACAGAUUACGUGAAGUGACAGAAGCGUCUACUCAAGCUGAGCAAGCGUUCUUGGUCCUUGACACGGGCCGUGCGUCGUUGUAUUUUGUGUUGCGUUAUCUCACAAAAGAAGCCUUCACUUUGACUCACAACAUCCCUAACAGGAAGAUCUCCAAUUUGCGUUAUUCACACCAUCAGAAGGCUAUUGAUGGAUUUUUCAAGGCAGUAAUUCAACGUCUGAAAGAGACGGUCAAUUUCGAUGUCACUCGUACAGUGGUAAUCACAGGUCCCGGCUUCACAAAGACUAGCUUCUACGAAUAUAUGCGUGAGAAUCUAUCAUCCUUGGGCUACAGUGAUUUACAGUGCCACUUGAAGAAGUUUGUGGUUUGCGCUUCCACAUCGGCGGACAGGCGUGCGAUUGGUGAAGUACUGAGCAACGAAACUUUUGCCGCUAGUAUAUGUGGGCAACACUACGUGGACCACAACAGGGCUGUCGAGUCUCUUCGUAAGCGUCUUGAAGCUAACGACGAUACGGUAUCCAUCGGACUUGAGGACGUAAUACGUGCGGUGGACUUAGGUGCGGUUGAGUCGCUUCUGAUCUCGGACGGUUUGGUUAGGGGAGGUACAACUGAUACCCGGAAGCAAGUACAUACCGUCAUUGAAAGUGUUAAGAACCAAGGUGGUCGUGUAUUGUACUUUUCGGAUGAGCAUUUCUCUAGCUCAUUUCUUAAAAAUCUUACCGGAGUGGUAGCGCUCUUACGUUACGUGAUCAACGAAGAAUACGACUCGGACUAA